AGAGGUAAGGUAAUACAAGCACUGGAAGUUGUGAUGCUCCCGACUGAAGCCUCAUUCUGCAUGUUGCAGGCCUCCAUUGGUGACUCAGCAAAUGAGCAGCAGCGCAGAUCUGUUCAAGGAGACAUUUAAUGGGAAAUGGACUUUUUAAAUUGCUUGUAUAAAAAUAAUUGGGCCAUAAGAGCAGCUGCUGUGGGCAAUUUGAGCAUGUCACAAACAUGUUAAGACCCCCGGAAAAUGCUUCAAAUUGUACCAAAAAAAAAAAAAAAGCAAGGGGCAGGGGUCAAUUGCUUUGUGUGUCCUUUAAAGUGAUUAAGAAAGUCCACACUCAAGCUCCUAAUUUGUGAGUGGGGGACUUGAUCUCCAGUGAGGCGUGUACAGCUAAUGCUCUGUGACCACACAGCGCGUCUCACAUCAUCCCAACUGGCACCACGUCACCAGUUUUCCUAAUUCAGGGCAUUUGCAGGCUCCGUCACACACCUGCACAAGCCACGUACAAACCCACACCUGUUUUGUCACGUUUUCGAGUGCAACAGGACGGCUACUAUUGAAUGCACAUUCACAGACUGCCUCCCUCUCUCCUUCCUCUCGGACAUUGGCCUCUAUGCCGUUAACAUCUCCCACGAGAACAAUAACUUCUUAUUCAUGGAACAACCAUAAAUUAUCUAACGCUUUCUGGUUUCCUGAAAUUGGCCAUUUAAGUCGCAAUGGAACAUCUUGAAUGAUUUAAAAAGUCGAGCUGCAAAGGUUAAAAAUAACAGGCACAUUUUUAUUUAGUUGCGUUAAAACAGCGUCGUGAGAUGGCUGUUUUGCUGAGCACGAUGAUGCUGUUACACCCCAAACCAGAUGGGGAAAACAUUCAUUCAUCAGUUCGUAAUUUAUCAAGUGUUUGGGUGACUCUUGCGCCGCUGGGGACUGAGAGUGUCUGUGAGGGAUACUGGAAGCCUGAGACGUUGAUCCUCCGGUCGGAGCAUUGUUCGGACUCCUCUCCACUCUCUCUCCUCUCAGCACUUGAGUGAUUUGCGGAAGAGAGCUCGAGCGAAAGGGGGUGGGGGUGGAGGAGUGGUGAUUGAGCGCAAAGGGGGCAGGACUUUUCAGCUGUGUCCUAUUAAGAGCAAACUUUGUGAUGUUGUUCUCCCAAGUUCAGCCCAGCCUGCGCGGAGUUCGUGCUACGACAUUCCCUCUCCAUCCCUGCUCCUAUCACUGCUUUUGUUGACGCCGUUUUACAGGACAUGGGCAGGAUGGGCGUUUUGGACCAGCAAAUAAGUUGCCUCCUCAGCUUGUCCACGGAACGUUCCUAAGUCGGACAACGUCGAUGCCUCACUGUGUGGAAUGAACAAUGGUGAGGCUCAUUGGUGCUGCGGCCGACGGCAUGCUUUGGUUCCGUCUGCUGUUGCUGGGCGUGCUGUUGGACUUGGAACCCGGUGCCGGGGUCUCCGUUUUCCAAGGUUUCUAUCUCCCACCUGCGAACGACUCGCUGCUCACACCAGCCAGGAGGACAGAUGGGGUCGUGCGAACUGUUGACCGGAUCUAUAACGGAGGGGGGAAGGCGGGUUAUCUGAUCUACCUGGAUGGGAGUCGCUUUCAGCUGGACAUGGAGCGUGAUGAGUCGGUGCUGUCGCAUCACUUGAGCCCCCAGUAUGUCCUCGCUAUGAUGGGAGGCAGCGCGGAGUCUUUGCAGCGGGACUGCGUGUACCGCGGAACUGUGAACACCAACCCGGAGUCCCUGGCCGUCUUCAACCUCUGCGGCGGAGGUCUCGAAGGCUUCUUCGCCGUGCACGGCGUGCGCUACGCCGUCACGCCGAUCGUCCGGGCCAAGGGACACGAGCUCGACGCGCGCGCUCUGCAGGACAAGGACGCGGAACACGCCCUCCACGUGUUCACGCGCGAGAGCUUCACAUUCGAAGCCGCGCGCGACGGCCGCGAGAGCUGCGGGACGCGCGACGGGCGCAGAGGACGCAGGCACGCGGCGGGGAAAAGUCGGCUCAAAAGUCGCGGCGGGAGGACGAGGACGGCCAGAGAGAGAUUCUCUGUGGAUGAUCUGGGCGCGCACAGGCGAGGAUGGCUGAGCCGGCUUGUUCGACUUGCGGCUGCCGACAGCCUCAUGCGGCGCAGGAGGUCGGUCUCUCGCGCCAGACACGUGGAGCUUCUUCUGGUGGCGGAUGAAACCAUGACGAAAAAGUACGGCAAGGACUUAAACCACUAUCUGCUCACGCUGGCCUCCAUCGCCUCCAAGCUGUACGGGCACGCCAGCAUCGAGAACCCCAUCCGGCUGUCCGUGGUGAAAGUCACCACUGUCACCGACAAAGACAAAGGGCUGGAAGUGUCCAAGAACGCGGCGGCAACUCUCAAGAGCUUCUGCAAGUGGCAGAACCAGCAAAACCCGCUCGACGACGACCACCAACACCACCACGACGCCGCCAUCCUCUUCACUAGGCAGGACCUCUGCGGCCAUCACUCCUGUGACACCCUGGGAAUGGCAGACGUCGGCACUAUCUGCUCUCCAGAGAGAAGCUGCGCCGUCAUUGAGGAUGACGGGCUUCACGCCGCAUUCACAGUGGCGCAUGAGAUCGGCCAUUUGCUGGGUUUGUCCCACGAUGACUCCAAAUUCUGCGAGGAGCGUUUUGGCGUGAACAGCGACAAGAGGCUCAUGUCUUCCAUCCUCACCUCCAUUGAUGCGUCCAAACCUUGGAGCCGCUGUACCUCGGCCACCAUCACAGACUUCUUUGACGAUGGCAAUGCCGAGUGUCUUCUUGACUCGCCCCGUCAGCCCCUGCUGGGUCCCGAAGAGCUCCCGGGGCAGAGCUAUGACGCCGUGCGCCAGUGCCGCCUGGCUUUUGGACCAGAAUACACCGUGUGUCCCGGUAUGGACGUGUGCUCUCGGCUGUGGUGUGCGGUCAUUCGUCAGGGACAGAUGGUGUGUCUGACCAAGAAGUUGCCGGCCGUGGAGGGAACACCCUGCGGGAAGGGACGCAUCUGCUUGCAGGGCAAGUGUGUGGACAAAACGCGCAAGAGGCAUUACUCGUCGUCCAACCAUGGCAGCUGGAGCUCUUGGGGCUCUUGGGGCUCAUGUACCAGAACGUGUGGUGGUGGAGUGCAAUUUGCCCAGCGGCUGUGCAACAACCCUCCACCGCGCAACAACGGGCGUUACUGCACCGGGAAGAGAGCCAUCUACCGGUCAUGCAAUGUCACACCAUGCCCACCAUCCAAUAAGAGUUUCCGGCAGGAGCAAUGUGAGGUGCGCAACGGCCCGCAAACAGAUCCCAAAGGGGUGAAAACCUUUGUUGAGUGGGUGCCCAAAUAUGCUGGAGUUCUCCCGAAAGAUGUGUGUAAACUCACCUGCAGAGCGAAAGGAACCGGUUACUACGUGGUGUUCUCGCACAGGGUGAUAGACGGGACCGAAUGCCGUCCUUACAGCAGCUCGGUGUGUGUGAAGGGGAAGUGCGUGCGAACAGGCUGUGAUGGCAUCAUAGGCUCCAAACUUCAGUUUGACAAAUGUGGUAUAUGUGGCGGCGACAGCACAGGAUGCAUCCGGGUUGUGGGCAACUUCACCAAGAAAAGUAAGGGCUACACCGAUGUGGUGAAGAUCCCCGCAGGCUCCACCCACAUCAAGGUCCGUCAGCACAAGCCAAAGGACCAGACCCGCUACACCGCCUACCUCGCCCUCCGGAAACCCAGCGGACAUUACCUCCUCAAUGGCAAGUUUAUGAUCUCCACCUCCGAGACGAUCAUUCCGCUCAACGGCUCUGUGCUCAACUACAGCGGCUGGAGUCAAAGGGAUGAAUGGCUCCACAGCAUGGGCCCCGGGGCCCUUCAAGAAGCCUUGGUCAUCCAGAUCCUAGCGACAGAUGCUAAAAAGCCCCUGGAUGUUCGUUACAGCUUCUUCAUGCCGCGCCGAACAACUCCGCAGCAGCCGCCAGCGCUGCUUGUCCCCAGCUUGAAUUUGGCCCACGUACGGGGCACGACAACUGACGCGACCAGAACCACCCGCAGUAGCGCCACGACAUCCUCCCCCACCCCUACUAUCCUGGUUCCUACGGCAACGGCAGCUUCCUUUCUGUCCACACCGCCGACUGGACCCCAAUGGGUGACGGGAGUUUGGAUGAGCUGCUCCAGGACUUGUGACACUGGUUGGCAGAGCAGGACUGUUCAGUGUAAGGACCAGGGUGGGAAACUGUCCAAGGGAUGUUUGCUGGAUUCUCGUCCCUCUGCUUUUAAACACUGUCUUGUGAGAAAAUGUUAAAAUGGCAGCGGGGAGGGGGAACAAGACUUUGGAGGACAACGUAAAGUGGAUCAAGAAAAGUAGCAAGCGCUGCGUGUUGGAAUAUGGACCGAUGAUUUGAAGAAAUAAUCUAGAACCUUAAUCAGGGCUGUGAAUGUUGGACCAAGUCUCACAGAGACUCUGCUUGAAGAAUGUCUCAGAAUCACAGUUGCAGAGCACAAGUUAAGUGUGGACCCUUUUUUUCGCGUGUGUUGGUGACUCAACUUUGUUUCAGCAUCCAAAUGUAUUUUGUCUUAUGUUGUGUCUUUGUUGGUGUGUGUGAGUGUGUAUGUUUGCGCAUGUGUGUGUGUGUGUGUGUUCAAGUGCUAUAUCCUCCCAAAUAAGUCUCACACACGUCAUUCGCCCUCCGGCUGACUUUAACGCUUUGACCAUCCAGUUAACCAGGGACAGGGGCCGAUGUUGACCAACAAUGGACGGGGAAACCCAGACAUUCGGUGUUUAUACAGUAUGUGGUGCUUUACACUCUGUCCAUCCCGCACAAUCAUACGACAAAAAGCCGGGGAAUCAGCUAUUCUGUGGUCGAGACUUGCUCAGGUUCUCGAAGUUCCUUCGCUCUGCAAUAGCUCAGGAAGAAUCGUCUUCCUCACGACACGAGUGUUGAUGUCCGAGGGGGUAAAGUAACCGUGACUCCAUGACUGGCAGAUUGACAUUCUUGGAGGAGAAAGACACAUUGCUUAUUUUGCUUCAUUUUUGAAGUGUGCGCACGUGCGCGCGUUUGUGCGUCUGCUGACCUGCAUUGCGAGUCAUAGUAAAAAUGCAAACAAAGACAAUACACUGGGAAAUUUCCAUUGGUGUGCACUGCCUUUUAGCGGGGCGCACACAUACUGGUAAUGGGAGCGAAUAUUUUCCGCCACUUCUAAUCAAAGUCAGCGAAAGCCCAGUUUUCAGAUCUCACUGAGAGAUAAUCCUGACCAGCGGAGAAAUGGUUGUGCGUGCGCUGUGCAGUGUCGAUGAUCUCAAGUACGAUGCAUAUGAGAAUGGAAGACCCGCCAUGAUAUCUUUCCGCAUCGUGUGGGGUCGCUCAUAUUUUUAAAAAAUGGUCAGGAUGUUCAAAAUCAGUAUGCGUGUACCCCCGCUUCACACAUUGCGACUCAUCAACUCAAUGUAAACCUUCUUGAACGGCGGAUGAUCUCGAUGUAUGCGUUGGUAUUCAAAGCAAUUUGCAGAGCCGCGUGCAACAUCGCUUCACCUCAUUGAAACACACACCUUCUUCCUUUGAGGAAAGCCCUCUCGCUGAACAGCAAAAAAACAGCACUGAGCUUGUAAUUUAUUGUUUGUACAACUGCUAUGUGUGAAUAACGAAGCAACGAAAUGAGGUUUAUUUAUUGUAGUAAUUUUGUACCAGAUUACUAUUUAACUUUAGGACGAUGCAGAAUUCUCAGUGUAAGGAUAUCGUGUUUUUUUUUUUCUCGUCGUGGGAUGUACAUAAAAUAUCUAUAUUUAAACAUCUUGCGUCUUCUUGUGUUUGUGGGCGUGGGUGCGGGUGUGUUUUAACCAAUACAAACACUUGACAAAGUAAGACAAAAUCCACUCGGUUUACUCUGUGAAUGGGAAGCAAAAUAUAUUUGGUUGCGACAGUUCCCAUGUGGUGAAAGUCCAAUUAUGUCCGACGUGUAUGUGGAUUUGAGAAGUAAAUGUUAGAGAUGAAUGUGCAUGCACACAAACUA